AUGCCUGAUAUUUUGUACCCUUUACUGGAAGUUUUUGCCUCAAUUGUGAUGUUUAUCGUGAUUCAAGGUCUACAAAAAUGCUGUGAUAGGUAUGCAGAAUUGGCACAAUUUGAGCUGCCAGUCGUAAACCGUCAACCACCAGCAGCUCCACAGCGCGCACCACUAGUUGUAAACCGUCCACCGCCACCACCAUCAUCAUCAUCACCAACUUCAACUCGACCCCAGAUGAAGGGAGGGAAGAAGGAUGAAGUAGUCAUCGAUAUUUAUAUCGAACAGGAAGAUGGGGAUCGUGAAUGCUCUAUCUGUCUAUCUGAAUUCAAAGACCAGGAAUUGUUCCGGCUUCUUCCGUCAUGCAACCAUGGAUUUCAUUUUCAUUGCAUCAAAAUAUGGUUGCAAAUCAGUCGAACCUAUCCAUUGUGCCGCCGGAGUACUGUCAUUGAACAAUAA